AGAAACAAAAUCAAUUAAAAUGAUUGCGUGAGAGCUUAUAUCCCUGCAAAGCUCUGCGAGUGGUUUGAAUGUUCAUUAUCCUCGUCCCAUUCCAAUCCUCUUUCAAGAGCAGUUUAUCACUGAAAGAUAUAUAUCCAUGGCUUCAGCUUCUACUAUUUCUUCAUCCGAACCAACAAAAGGUGAAGCUUCCAAUAUUUCAAGCAUAAAAGCCUUUGCAGAAUCAAAUGGAGCCUCUCUCAUCCCUUCCAACUACCAUUCCUUCACAGAACCCCAUCAUAUUAUUGAUGAUGUUGCAGAUGAGUUUGCAGCUUCCAUCCCAGUCAUUGAUUUUUCUCUCCUCACUUCAGAUGACCCACAAAUUCAUGACAAUCAUGUUCAUCAACUUGCCAAGGCCUGUGCUCAAUGGGGUUUCUUCAUGCUGAUAAACCAUGGAAUUCCGGAGAGUUUAAUGGAGGAGUUGAUGAAAAAAUCUCAAGAGUUUAAUGAUUUGCCUAUGGAGGAAAAGAAGGAGUUUAGUGAGAAAGAUGAGGCUUUGUCACCCAUCAGGCUUGGCACUAGCUUCCAUCCUCCAAAAGAGAAUGUUCAUUAUUGGAGAGAUUUUCUCAAAGUCAUAACAUCUCCCCAUUUCAAUUUUCCCCACAAACCACCAGGUUACAGGGAGGUUGCGUUUCAGUAUAGUCGAAAAAUCAAUGUUGUGGCGAGGAAAUUGAUUGAAGGAAUAUCAGAGAGUUUAGGUUUAGAAUCCAAUUCAAUAAUUGAGUCAACUGGUUUUGACUCUGGCUUACAGAUCAUGGCUGUGAACUUUUACCCUCCUUGUCCACAGCCACAUCUUGCUCUUGGCUUGCCUCCACAUUCAGAUCUUGGCUUCUUCACCUUCCUCUUUCAAAAUGGAAUUGGUGGCCUUCAAAUUAAGCAUGAGGGUAAAUGGGUCAAUGUGGAUCCCCUUCCCAACUCCCUUCUUGUUAACAUUGGAGAUCAACUAGAGGUUGUGAGUAAUGGGAGGUACGCAAGUGUUUUGCACCGAGCAAUCCUCAACAACAAAGACACUAGAAUUAGUUUUGUAGUGGUGAAUGGACCAGCAAAAGAUAAAGAAAUUGGACCUGCCCCUCAAUUGUUGGACAAGGAAAAGCCCGUUUUCAAAAGUAUUAAGUAUCAAGAUUAUUUCAUGCUUCAACAAAACUCUCGAUUGUCAGAAAGAUCCUUGGACCAGAUUCGGUUUAGUGGUCAAUGAUAUCAAGAUUAUCCUUUCUAAUCAACUACGCAAAGUACACAAAUUUUAAGAUAUGAAUAUGAUUUGAUAAUGUUUAUAUAGGAAAAUACUUAAUACUAUAUCUAUUCCUAAAUAAAUAAAGAAUAAUCUUCUUAUUUUUGCAA